AUGACUAUGAAUGAUUUGAUGAAUGAGGUUCAUAGUAGUAUUGGUUCAGACCCGAUGACCGUUGACGUACACAUUAAAAUGAGGUUUGAGACCGGCAAUGGGGUUCAAGUGUACACAAAUGAUGAGGCCGAUAGCGGAGAGGAGGAAGAUGGACUUCAGAACAUGGAUGUAGAACCUGCUCGGAUGGAAUCAGGUUUUGUGAAGUCCUUUGUUCGGAAAGAUCCGUCUUUGAAAGUUGAAUUCAUACAAGAACUCAUCUCCAAGCAAUUUCAUUUCGAUGUCCCGUACCGGAGGGCAUGGUAUGCAAAGGGGAAAGCAAUAGCUGAUAUUUACGGUGAUUGGGAGAGUUCUUACGGCAGACUUCCGCACUUCAUGCAAGCCCUCCAACAGUCAAACCCGGGAACGUGUGUUGUGUGGAAGUACAAAGCGUUGGUUGACGGUGUUUACUACAGCAACAUGGAAGUGUUUGAAAGAGUGUUUUGGGCGUUUGGCCCUUGUAUCGACGGUUUUAAACAUUGUAUGUCAGUUAUCUGUAUCGAUGGGACGCACUUGUACGGGAAGUACAAAGGAACACUGUUGGUUGCUACAAGUGUUGAUGCAAACUUCCAAGUAUUUCCUCUACCAUUUGCGUUGGUUGAGGGGGAAAACACCUCCAGCUGGUCUUGGUUCCUGGGUUGCAUUCGGGUUCAUGUCACUCAACGAGAUGGCCUUUGUGUUAUAUCUGACCGACAUCCUGGGAUCAUUGCAGCAAUGACUGAUCCGAACGUUGGAUUUACCGAGCCGCGAGCCUAUCACAGAUUUUGUGUUCGCCACAUAGCUUCUAACUUGAAGACUCACGUGCGACGAAACGACAUGAGAGAUAUGUUCAAGGCUACGGCGUACCAAAGGCAGGAAAGAAAACUACACGGCGAUCUGUGUUUCAUUAGUGAGGCGUGUACCAAGGCAAUGGAGUACAUUGUUCAAAUUCCGUUCACCAUGUGGUCCCUCUUUCACGACGUUGGACGUAGAUACGGGAUUUGCACUACUAACUUCUCUGAGACAUUCAACAACGUGUUGAAGGGAGCACGGUUUCUACCGAUCAUGUCCCUAGUCGAGUUAACUUUUCAUAGAGUUAACAAAUAUUUCACUUUGAGAAGGGAGUCUUCUGAGGCAAGAUUUGAACAGGGACUUGCAUACCCCCCCAAGGUCACUGCCAUUCUAGAGAAGAACACCGCAAAAGCCAGAUAUCACAGAGUGGAUGCGUAUAACCGUCGAUUGCAUAUUUACCAAGUUACAACAGAAAGGGGAGACCGACUUGGUAGUAAAGGAGGCCAUAAACAUACUGUUAACUUUCAGUUAAGAACGUGUACCUGCAACAAACCUACGAUAUUUCACCUCCCAUGUUCUCACGUUCUAGCCGUAUGUGCAACGUACUCACUAUCAGAGCGGCCGUGGGUUGACCCGGUGCUGCAAUCGGAGGCAUACACGAGCACAUACGCGCCGCAAUUCUGGCCAAUCCCUUGCGAGACAACCUGGACGCCCUAUAACGGUCCCAGAAUCAUUCCCGACGGGAGCAUGUUGCGUGGAAUAGGGCGACCAAGGUCAAAGCGCAUACGUAAUGAAAUGGAUGAGACUAACCGGCCCGCGAGCAAAUGUAGUCGUUGUCACGUUCAGGGCCAUAACCGGGCAACGUGUCCAUCGAGACCCUCAGAGGACCCAUGA